AUGAGAUCAGCAGUAGUAGCCACGAUCUUCCUUGUGCUCGCAGUGGUACCAGGUACACACCGCAAAACAUUCUCCCCGAAUUCUAGCUAUCAGGAUCUUUCUUGGGUCUCGGCAUUGAUUGAUUUCCUGGUUUUCCCAUCGCGAAUCCGCGUGAUCAGAGCUGCUGGGCAGCUGCAUUUCCGCUUAGACUCCCCAAUUCGCCAUCUAAGCCCCGAUCUGGCCACGAGAUAUUUGCUUGUGGGCAGUGUGCCAAUCGGGGGAAAAUUCGCUUGUGCUCUGUUCCAGGACGCUGGAGCGCCUCCUCCUCCAACCUGGUGCAUAGCGCAGCGCCGGGCGAGCCUCGCGCAGCUCCAGGUCGCGCUGGAUUGGGGUUUUAGAGAGGCGGGAAUGGAGUGCCUACAUCCAUGGCGGCAUUCCAUCGGCAUCGAUUGGCGCAGGAGAUCUGGAGCUCAGAUUCUCGGGCCUGCGCGGCCGUUCCAGGUGAGCAAGCCCUUGGCGGCGCGGGCAAAAUGCGCCAGGGCUUUGAUGGAUCGAGAGGAAAUUUGUGGGAUUGGAGGAGUAGACGCGAUGCCUACAUUGCGAGAUCUCUGUGGGAGCAAGGUGCCUUCUCAUGUCUUGGACAGAGCAGAAGAAGCUGGGCUUAGAUUUCCAACGCAAGUCCAGAUGGAGGCUCUUCCAGUGGCACUCGAGGGACGGGAUUGUAUUCUCCACGCACAGACAGGCUCCGGCAAAACUCUAGCAUAUAUGCUGCCGAUAUUGAGCAAAAUCUCGUGCCAGAGAUCAGCAGUACAAGCUAUUGUCGUGGUUCCCACUAGAGAACUUGGUAUUCAGGUGGCUCAAGUUGCUAGAUUGCUUGGUGGUGGUGUAGUCCUGGAAGAAACCGAUGAGAUAGACACCGGAAAGCGGACUUCCGUGAGCGUCAUGACUUUACUCGACGGUGGAACCUCAAGCAGGCAAAAGAAGUGGCUGAGAGCUGCUCCCCCUCAGCUAGUAAUUGGGACGCUCUUCACAGUUUGCAGGAUGAUCGAGACUGGAAACUUGAAGCUAAACGCGGUGUCCACAAUUGUGGUCGAUGAGGUAGAUACGGCUGUGCACAAAGGAACACAAAUUCUCGUGUCGAAUCUUCUCACCAAGUAUUCUUUUGCGGAAAAGCGGCAAACCAUCUUUGCCAGUGCUACUGUGCCUCAACACAAUCGGUUUAUCCACGAUUGCGUCCAGAACAAGUGGACCAAGCCCAAGAUCGUACAUAUCUACGUCCGGCCAGAAGUGAAAAUGCCAUCCAAUCUUUCUCACAGAUAUGUGAUAUGUGGAAACGAAGACAAACUUAGUGUUUUGCAUGCGACCAUCAUGGCCGACGCUCCAAAAGCAGCGUUUGUUUUCGCCAAUGAGCAAUCAGAAAAGGGGAAGAGAGAGGGGCUGGUUCCCAGAACAAGAGCAAUGCUAGAUUUCUUCGAGCAAAAGAAGGAAGAAAUGCCCGAGUCGGAGGCAAGCCAGUGGGAGCUGCUGAUACUGGAGGAGUGCAUGAACAUCCACGCGAGAUUUGCAAACUCUCGGAAGCUCAAAGACAGCAAGUUCCUACUGUUUGCGACGGACUUAGCUGCCAGAGGACUCGACGUCCCGGAAGUCACUCACGUCUACAACUUGGAGCUGCCUUCGAGCACCGUGGCGUACAUCCACCGCGCCGGACGAACAGCCCGCAAGCCGCUGGAAGACGAGCAGUGCGUGGUCACGACGCUGUUAAGCGAGCGAGAGGAGUUCGUGAUACGCAAGCUGGAGAACGAGAUCGAUUGCAACUUCGAGCUCGUGAAGUGACACGAUCUACUCGAGGCAAGCUUUCCGGAUGUUUACAAAUGGAUCUGUCUAGUUUUUGUAAGUUUCUCGUUCUUAUUCUUGUUAUUGAUUAACGACCGAUUCAUGGACA